CGGUGUGUUCAAUUUCGAAUUCAGUCGGUCGUAGAGACUUGUUAAUUAACCGUAGGCUCAGCCGGGUCAUUUUUCCCGAAAAAGCACACGAGUGUUUGAUUCAGUGAAUCGUACUUUAAUUGAUUAUCAUUUUUUUUUAAUAUGAGUUCUCCACACCUAACUAAGGUGUCUUUUCAAUUUUCACCGAUCAGAAGCCAGAUUCGAUGUCGCAAACCCAUUAACGGUUCCCGCACUCCACCAUCGUCGCCGAAAGGAAAACUUAGAUUGUAUAGUAACCGAUUUUGUCCUUACUCACAGAGAGUUCAUUUAGUAUUAGAUGCAAAGAAGAUUCCUUACGAUGUAGUAAAUAUCAAUUUAUCAAGCAAACCUGAUUGGUAUUACGACAAAAGUCCAUACGGUAAAGUGCCCGCCCUUGAAUUGGACACUGGCGACGUUUUAUAUGAGAGUUUGAUCAUUUCGGAUUAUUUGGAUGAACGAUACCAUCAACAUCAAUUACAUUCGAAUGAUCCACUUCAAAAAGCCAAAGAUAGGCUAUUGAUCGAACAAUUUAACAAGGUUGUGAAUACUAUGUACAAGGUCCUAUUAACCGUUGGCAGAACUAAUAUGGACGAUGAUGUGAUCAUAGCAAACGGUCUAGAUGUUUUCGAAAGAGAAUUAGGGGACAGAAUUGGUCCAUACUUUGGUGGAAAACACCCCGGAAUGUUGGACUUCAUGAUUUGGCCUUGGUGUGAGAGGGCGGACUUACUGAAACUAUUCGGCAACCAAAAUUUAUUGAAAAAGGAAAAAUAUCCCAGGCUCAUGGAAUGGAAAAAGCAAAUGAGUGAAAACCCGUCUGUUAAGAAAAGUAUGUUAGACUCAGCAACACACAUUAAAUUUUUACAUUCCCAGAGAGCUGGAAUGCCAGACUAUGACGCCAUUCUGAAUUCAAUCUAAAGUGAUUUUAGUCCUCACACAAUUUAUUGCAUUUAAUUUACAAUUAGAUAUUGUACUUAUAUUUUUACAUAUUUUGGUAUAUGUAUCAAAGCUUUGUUGUGCCUUUAGAUAAAUUAGGAUAUGUACUUAUUGUGACUGGAAAUAUCAUAUUCUUAAGUAUUUAUUAUACAUUUGUUAAUAUAAAUAUACAUCACUUUUGAAUAUUAUACACAGUAUCAUAUUUUAUUUGAUUCCGUUAUUAAUACUAUGAUUAAUAUAUUCACAAUACAAUAUUUUAAAAUAC